ACAGUAUUGGCCGCCUCUUCGGAAGGAGUUUUACUCUAUCGCUUGAUUUUCUCCUUCCAAAACCCUAAGCCUAUUCUCUAUGGAGUUCUGGGGUAUUGAAGUUAAGGCUGGACAGCCUAUCAAAGCAGACCCUGGUGCUGAAUACGUCAUACAUCUUUCCCAGGCAUCACUUGGUGAAUCGAAGAACAAGUCAGAAUCUGUUCCACUUUAUGUGAAUGCUAAUGGGAAGAAACUUGUUCUUGGAACACUUUCCCGCCAGAAUUGCCCCCAGUUGUCUUUUGAUCUUGUAUUUGACCAAGAGUUUGAGCUUUCUCACAACUGGAAAAAUGGGAGUGUCUAUUUCCUCGGUUACAAGACUCAUAUUCCAGAGGAAGGUAAUGAUUUUGAUAUAUCUAGUGAUGAAGAAAGUAGUGAUGAGGAGGAGAAGAUUCCUCUGGUUGCUGCAGAAAAUGGAAAAGCCAAGACAGAUGUGAAAACAGCCAAAGCCGAUGCUGGGAAACCAGUAGCUGUCAAGAUAGCAGAACCUACCAAGAAAACCGAGGAUGAUGACGAUGAUGAUUCAGAGGAUGAAAGUGGUUCUGAUGACUCAGAUGAUUCUGAGGAUGAUGAGAUGUCUAUGGAUGAAAGUUCAGAUGAAGAGGAUGAAGAGACACCUAAGAAGGUUGAGUCGAGCAAGAAGAGACCUGUGGAAACUGCAACCCCUGCUUCAAAAAAGGCUAAAUCUGCAGUUUCACCCCAGAAGUCAGGUCAUUAUCGUUGUACAGAUGGUAAGAAGGGCGGUCAUACAGCAACACCGCAUCCCACUAAGAUGGCUGGGAAAAAUUCAGCGAAAACUCCAAAGUCUGGCGGUCCAGGAUCUCACAAGAAGGCAAAACAUGGUGGCAAAUGAGGUUGGGUUUACAUGCUCUAAUGUGCAUGUCUAAUUUUGGGGCAGAGAGACAUGUCUUGUGUUUUUGGUAGACGAUGGUAGUCAGAUUUAAGGUUUAAACAAACUUUUGCGGCGGUGUUUCCCUUUAAUGAAUUUAAGAAUAUUAUGUUUUA